CCCCCCCAGAUACUGAUUCUGCAGGACAAGAAAAAAACCGAAAUCCUGCAGUUUGUUCUGUCCCUGUUGGGGGCUCAGGCCACUUUCUUCAGCCGCGGCCACCAGGGGGCGACCAGCACCCAGGAGUAUCGGGGGCAGCUGGGGGCGCAGUUGGACCAGUUGGUGCUGUGAGGGCGCCGGCGGCAGCGGGAGCUGGAGCAGCGCCACGCCCAGCUCGUGCAGCAGGACCUAUCAGAGGAGACGGUGGGCGGGGGCCGCGGAGGAGCGGGGCCGGAGGCUCCGCCCAUUGAGGGCUACCUGUACAAACGGGGCAGCAACGCCUUCCGCACCUGGAGCCGGCGCUGGUUUUCCAUCCAGAACAACCAACUGGUUUAUGUCAAACGGGCCCAGGACCCCCCCCGGGUGCUGAUCCCCGACUUGCGUCUCUGCACCGUCCGUCAAUGUCCCGACCUGGAGCGGCGCUUCUGCUUCCAGCUCCUGUCCCCCCAUAAGUCCUGUGUCCUCCAGGCCGACUCCCCGCACUCUCAGUCCCGCUGGGUCAGCGCCGUUCAGAGCAGCAUCGCCUGCGCCUUCGACCAGGGGCCCCCCCAAAACCAGGUGGCCCCUCCAGGAGGGGUCGGAGGUUUCGGGGUGCCGGGGGGGUCCCCCCGAGGCCGGGUGCUGGGGCCGGUGCUGGGGCUGCCGGGGAACGGGAGCUGCUGCGACUGCGGGGACUCGAACCCGCGCUGGGCCAGCGUCAACCUGGGGGUCACCCUGUGCAAGUGCUCCGGCAUCCACCGGAGUUUGGGGGUUCACUUCUCCAAGGUGCGUUCGCUGACACUGGAUUCCUGGGAGCCUGAACUGGUGAAGGUGAUGUGCGAAUUGGGGAAUCGAACCCUCAACCGCAUCUAUGAGGCGCGAGUGGAGGAAAUGGGGGUGCGGAGACCCCCCCCCGGCUGCUCCCGGGCGCAGCGGGAGCGCUGGAUUCAGGCCAAGUACGUGGAGAAGCGAUUCCUGAGCCGCCGGCCCCGCCCACUCGCAAGCCACGCCCACCACAGCCACGCCCACCCGCCGGGCACCACCCACCCUGGGCUACACAGUGACGAGCCUGAGGACCCCCCCGACCUGCACCCCGGGGCGCUGCUGUACUGGGCAGCCCAGCACCAGCGUCUGCCCGUCAUGGCCGACGCGCUGGCCCAUGGGGCCGACCCGGGAUGGGUCAAUGUGGGCGAGGGGCACAGGACCCCCCUGCUGCAGGCGGUCGCCGUGAACUCGCUGCUGGGCUGUGAGUUCCUGUUGCAGAACGGGGCCAGCGUGAACCAGGGGGACGGGCGGGGGGGGGCACCCCUGCACCACGCCACCAGACUGGGACACACUGGGCUGACGUGCCUGCUCCUCAAACGUGGGGCCGACGUCAACGCGCUGGACGCCGAGGGGAGGGACCCGCUCAGCAUCGCCAUGGAAACGGCCAACGGGGACAUCGUCACCCUGUUGCGCUUGGCCAAGAUGCGGGAGGUGGAGGUGGCCCAGGGGCAGGCGGGUGACGACACCUAUUUGGACGUUUUCCGUGACAUCUCCCUAUUGGCGUCUGAUCACCCCGAAAAACUCGCCCGGACCCCCCCAAAUAAGAGCAGCACCCUUUAGCCACGCCCCCAACAAGCCACGCCCCUCAGGAAUAGGCCACGCCUCUUUAGAGGCAGCAGCCAAUGAAAUAAAGGCUUGGUUUGGUCA